AUGAAUACCUCAAAAACUUUAAUAUUAGCCAAUAAUUUUAGAAACCAAUUCAAUAGAAGAAUUACCACAUAUUCAACAUUUACUUUAAGUCAAGUAAGAGGAAAAGAUGGUAAACUUUAUACUGUUCCACCAAAGCAUUGGGAAGAGGGAAUUUCAACACCAAGUGAAUCAAUUGUAAAAGCAGAAAGAGCUCCACCAAUGCCAAUCGAAGAAUUACAAAGAGUGUCUGCUGCUAAAUUUAGUUCAAGUGUUCCAAAUUCUCAAAAAACUCCAUUUUUAAAUAAGAAUAUGCAUUAA